GGAAACUACUACUAACUAUUUAACAGAGAACUACGCCCAUAAAACUGAGUACACCAGACUACUGAACAGUCGUGAAUUAUACUUAUCUACCUACUUAGUUACAAAACUAAUUGUAUCCAAGUUAGAAUUUUUAAACUGAAAUAUAUAAGUGUUAUUGACCCCUAGGUUCUGUUUUGUGUGAAGUCAAGACAAUGGAUACUAACAAAUGUUUAUGUGUUGUUUUUAUAUUCUUUGGAUUAUGUCACGGGGUGAGCGAAGCCUCUGAUUGUACUGCUCGUGGAAGAUUCCCAAACGACGGAGCAGACCCGAGCGUAUGCCGCAUAGCGUUCCGCGCGCGCCUCAAAGAGCCAAUAGAACACAACAGACAGGGCCUUAUAGGGCUGAUGUUCAGCCGGGGUUGCGGGUCAAGCGCAAUGACCGAUGGUCACCGCGGCCUCGGCCAAGAGCAGAAGAAGGAACGUGGGGUUUUUAGUCAACAAUGGACAAGGCUUGCGUGUCUUUGCCGGUCAUUGACAACUAUAGAAGGUCAAAAACUCCCUCAAACUUCUAAAUCCAGCGAUGGAAUUUCACCUCCUCCCCGCAUUCCUAGAGGACCUACCGACAUUCUCCAAGCUCUAGCAGCUACCGUCGGAAAUGACCCAACAGCGGCACACUACAAAUAUCACGACGAUCCAUUUUUAAUACCACUAUCCAAUUUCCGUAAGAGAGCCUAUGCACUAUCAGCUGAGGCUGGUCGCAAAGCUGCUGCUUGGAUCCGAGAUGAGCAUGCUGAGCUAUUCACCACUAGGGUGUGGGAUCCACCAACAAAAAUCAAAACUCCAUACUUUAAUGCGGAUCCAAAAAUCGAAGCAUUUGCCCCAAAACCCAUAUACAAUGAUGAAAGCAAGGUUACAGAAGAUGAUUUGAAAUACACAAUACAGAAUGCCUUGAUAGAAGACUCAAUGACAGUAUUCAAACUUCUUGGUGGUGUGAGUGGAGUAAAUGAAGAAUUAAAGCUACAGUUUCUCCAGUUAUUGUGCUUUUACAAUGAGAGGGAACCUGACUCUAUGGAGUGGCUUGAAGAGAGGUGGUUCUCUGCCAAUAUGCGAGACAGACAAGCUGCUACUUGGAGGCUUGGUGGACUAGCUGAUCAGAUCUUCGAAUCAAUGGAUCCAAAGACACCAGAAGCAUACUGUGCCAUGAUUCAAGGCAUGGCUAAAUAUUAUCAGGCUGAAAGAGCACACAACAUGGCCCAAGAAGCGAUAUCGAAAGGCAUUCCUUUGUCCACCAGUGUGUACAAUGCGCUCAUAGGUUGUAUCGGUUUCCUUAAGGAAGGUACCGCCCUACGUAUUGAAGCUCUUAAAAAUAUAUUAGGCCAAAUGAAUGAUCAGGGCAUAUCGCCAAAUGACGAGACACUGUCAGCCUGUCUGCGCUCGUUGUCUGCGUGGGGUGGCGGCAAAGUACUACAACAGAUGGCCCUGCAAACACUCGCAGAGUUCAGACAAUUAGGCAUACAGCCUGGCUUAGCCGCUUACUAUUAUUUACUCUGCUUAUUUUGCAAGGAACGAGGACCUCGUUUUGACAUUCUAUCAACAAUUAUUACGGAACUUGAGAAGAAAGAAAGCCUCGAUGCCAAGGAACCAGCUGAUACCAAUUUCUUCAUAACAGCUAUGGGAGUUUGUAGCGAUCACUUGCAGGAUAUAAAUAUGGCGGAAAGAUUACAUGCAAUUUUAAUGAAAGGCGACAACUACAAAUUGGUUGGGGAUGCAUACAAAGAAAGCAUUUACUACAGGCAUUAUGUCACUGUUGCUUGCCGGCAUGCACCUUUCGAGAAAACUUUGGAACUACUUGACACUUUGAUACCUAAUAUCUAUGUUCCUGAACCAUCAGUUAUGGAAGAGAUUAUAAAGACACUGGAAGUAGGUGGCGCGGGCGACCGUCUGGCUCAAACAUGGUCGCAACUCGUUGUCUUUGGUCACGGGAAACGAGUGAAACUCGUCGAGAGAUUGCUAGAAGCAAUGAUUAAUACAUACCCUGGACAAGAACCCGAAAUUCAAAGUAAAAUGCGUGCUGCCGCCGCUGACAUGUUAGACUUCGGACAAGCGGCUUCAGAAGAACAAGAAACUAAAGACAUCAGGUCGCCAGUACAGAAGUUAUCAGCAUCAGCGGUGUGCAAUAUUAUCGAAUUAUGUUCCGAUACAAAAGACAAGGCCGACCCUAACUGGAAGAGUGUGGACGAGGCCUUAAGCCGUCUGCGCCGCGAGGAGGCCGCGGGAGUGCCGGCACGACCGCAGGCAUUGGCUGAGGUUGCGCAAAAAGCUGCUACAGUCGGUCUACCUGGUAUUGCUGCAGCUGCAGUAACAUAUUUAGCUGAAUGCGGCUUUGAAGAGGCGAUGUCAGCCAGUGUGCAAGUUCUGGGUACAAUGCUGAACCGACCAGAGAAAGAGGUGGAAACCUUACUGUCUGAGCAACACUCCAGCCUCGCCGGUUCACUACACCCAGCCGCACAAGCUGUCGCUGAAGCCUACAAUUUAGCCAAAACUGGAGGUCCAGUUUUACAAGACACGGAGAGACCAUCGUCAAGUUCAGACAGCGAUAGCGAAUCGUCCUCCGACGAUGAGUAACCUUAUAUUAUUUGUAGAUACUACUAUAAUUUAGUUCAAUAAAUGCAUUUAGG